AGCUUUGGAAGUAAAGCAGCAUCCGUCACACUAGGAGCCGCAAUCAGCGCCAUCCGAGCGAAAAGCUAAAGACGGUGUCGAAGUGCGGGCAGAUAUGCUGACCACCUUCUCCUCGGUGAUACUGCCUUUCCUGUUGACUCUUCAGAUAUUAGGAUCAGAAGUUACUGAUGUAACCGAUAAUCCGCAGGACAGGGAAAAGCUGAAUAUCCAACAGAAGGGACGCCUGUCCCUUCAGAACACAGCUGAAAUCCAAAACUGCCUGGUCAACACUGGGGAUGUUGGAUGUGGUGUUUUUGAAUGCUUUGAAAACAACUCCUGUGAAAUACGAGGAUUGAAUGAAAUAUGCAUGACAUUUUUGCACAAUGCAGGAAAGUUUGAUGCCCAGGGAAAAUCCUUCAUCAAAGACGCCUUGAAGUGCAUGGCUCAUGGCUUACGACAUAAGUUCAGCUGCAUUAGCCGAAAAUGUCCAGCCAUCAAGGAGAUGGUGUUUCAGCUGCAAAGAGAGUGUUACCUCAAACAUAAUUUGUGUGCUGCAGCCAAAGACAAUGUAAAUGUGAUGGUGGAAAUGAUUCGUUUUCAAGAUUUGUUUCCAAAGGGACCGUAUGUGGAACUUGUUAACAUACUGCUGGGCUGUGGAGAGGAAGUUAAGGAAGCAAUUACCCAAAGUGUGCGGGUCCAAUGUGAGCAGAACUGGGGCAGUCUCUGUGACAGCUUAAGCUUCUGUACUUUGAACAAACCAGGGGAUCAGAGUCUGUCUGCAACAGUAAUUCCAGAAAAGAAGCAGGGAAAUAACAAAGCCAUUGACACAGUCCAACAAAACCAUGAGCUUGAGCAGGAACAUGGUGAAAUCUCCAAAAGUGAAAAGGCACCAAAGGUCCAUGUGAAUCCUCACCCCCGUGCAAGGCCCAAUAGUCAGAGUUUAAGCAUCAAAAUGGAAGAAGAUGCUGAACAGUCAGAUAUCCGAAGGUGAAACAGCCACUAACUUCAGCUACUUGUCUCAUGCAGGAAGACACACUUUACAGAAACUUUCUUCUCAUCCAUGCACAUUCCAAAUUGAUACACCAACCAGGGUAUGUGUGGUGCCAUGCAUUUUAGUAUUGAUUGAUCCUUGUAAUGUCUUGUCAUUUUAGCAUCUUCAGGAUGAUUUAUUAAUUAUUUAUUACUACGUUAAUUUUCUUGGGAUUACUCUCCACUGAUGCAGCAUGAAAUUUUUCUUCACUUUUUUUUAUAGAUAUGUAUGAUAUAUUUUCUGAAUGAAAUACAGGGCAGUUUCUAUUCUAAAAAUGGAAAUUAAAAAAAAAGAUGCAGGAUAUCAAUCCAGUUUAGGCACAUAUUUGAAAACAUUGUGCAAGUUAAGGGGGGAACUGGUUAAGUACUGGGAUAAGCUAACUUUCUUCCUCUAGUCUGAGCUGGUAUUUUUCUCAAACUCGUAUUUUAUGUGGUUACAGAAUGAAAAAUCUAUUUUUAGUCAUUUUAUUAUUGUUAUUAAUCUAUUUAUUUAUUAUUAACAUUUAAGAAUCAGGGAAACAAUAUAAAAAAUGCAUAGCAUAAAUGCACACAUUCUCUAUUGAUGUACUUGAAAUGUUUUUACCUGCAAUAAUAAAAAUGUUACAUCUUUUUUUAAAUUUCCUUUCAUCCUAUUCAAAGCAUAUCUGUACAUAGGGACAGGAUUCCUUCAGGUACUGUUUUUAAUAUGGUGACAGAUGUGCAACAGGUUAAAACUGUGAGACAGUAAACUCUUAGAUGGGGAAAUUAAAUUAUGCUAUAUAUUCUAUUUUAGAAUGGGAUUUACAGGACAAAUUAAUCUAUUGAAUAUUAAUUAUUGAUGUUACUUUAUAUUGUCAAAAAGGAGACAAAAACCUUUCCAUAAACUUGUAUACAAAGGAAACACAUGUAUACAGAAGGCAUUUAUAGUUUAAGACUUUGUUUUUGGUUUGGGCUAAAUCAAAAUGUCUGAGGGAGCUGGUUCUGGAAUCUACUUAUAUUCACAUUGACCAGUGCUAUUACUCAAAAUAUUCUGUUUGCUGAGGCCAUUCCAAGAAUUCCACUGGGAGCAAGCCAGCAUGCCUCCUUCGAGCUACAUUCCAGGAGUCCUGCAAUGGGUCUAUGCCUCCAGAUAUGCUGAAAAUAAAUACAUUGCUUUUUUGUACAGUUUCACUAUAUUUCACAAAGGGUCUUUGCUUAUACAUGUACAUAUAUACACACGUUCACACACAUAGUUUGUCAUUGCAACUAAAGCCAAAUUAUGCUUUUAAUAAAUAUUUGCUUUGGGAAAACUACAUGUGCAAAACAGAAUUCAAAAUAAAGCCCUAUGCAUUACCAC